UGAACACAUGGAAACAGAAGCUGAUGGAGAUGACUGUCGAGGACCAGAACCAGCCAGGAACUCAGAUCCAGAGAGCAGUUUACAACCAAAGACUGAGGACAACACUGGAGACUCUUCUGAACCUGACACUGGAGACUCUUCUGAACCUGACGCUGGAGACUCUUCUGAACCUGACACUGAAGACAGUGCUGAUUGGAAGGAGACCAGAGAACCUGCGUCAGGCUCAAACUCACUGAAAAAUGAAAAAGAAUCUGUAAGUGAUUCAGGCCCUAGUGCUGUAAAGAAACAAUUUGGCUGCUCUGUGUGUAAGAAAUAUUUUACAAGUGCAAGAAAUGUAAAGGAACACAUGAGAAUCCACACAGGAGAGAAACUACACCGCUGCUCAGUCUGUAAGAAAGCUUUUGCAGAGAAUAGAGAUUUAAAUCGACACAUGAGAAUCCACACAGGAGAGAAACCAUUCAGCUGCUCAGUUUGUACCAAAUAUUUUGCAGUGAGUGGAAAUUUAAGGACACACAUGAGAAUACACACAGGAGAGAAACCACACAGUUGCUCAGUUUGUGAGAAAGCUUUUUCACGAAGUGGACAUUUAAAGGCACACAUGAGAAUCCACACAGGAGAGAAACCACACAGCUGCUCAGUUUGUGAGAAAGCUUUUUCACGGAGUGAACAUUUAAAGGAACACAUGAAAAUCCACACAGGAGAGAAACCACACAGCUGCUCAGUCUGUAAAAAAGCUUUUUCAGAGAAUAGAGAUGUAAAUCGACACAUGAGAAUCCACACAGGAGAGAAACCAUUCGGCUGCUCAGUUUGUGAGAAAGCUUUUUCACGGAGUGGACAUUUAAAGCGACACAUGAAAAUCCACACUGGAGAUAAACCACACAGCUGCUCAGUCUGUAAGAAAGGUUUUUCACGGAGUGAACAUUUAAAGGCACACAUGAGAGUCCACACAGGAGAGGAAAUAUACAGCUGUAAUGUUUGUGACAAAAGAUUUAAAUGGUGUAUUGAUUUCAAAAGACACAAGUGUGUUGGUCGUCAGUCCUCACAGCUUAAUGAAAUUCAAACUGAGGAUAACAGAGAGGCAGAGCCUCCAAUCAGCAGCUCAGCUGAACACAUAGAAACAGAAGCUGAUGGAGAGGACAAUGAAUAAGUCUUAUGACAGUUCACCCAUGAGAAAAUCUGUCUGACUGGAUUAACAUUGUUGCACAACAUUCAUAUAAGACUUAAAUGAACUAAGUGGACAAUAUGUUUAAUGUUUUUGUCAUACUGAUUUUCUGAUGUAUACUUUAACCUCUUAAGCCCCAAGCCUGUUUUUUAGGUUUCAGGCUCGAAAAUGACAUGCCCAAAACAAAGGACUAUAACUUAACUUCUAAAAGGGUUAUAUGAAUAAUUUAUUUUAUCAAAGCAAGGUCACAUCUGUGAGUUGGAUGUAGAAGUGUCAGAAUCAAUAAAGAUGUUUCAGUGUCAGAGUAA